AUGCGCCCCUUCGAGAAAAGGCCCCAAUCGAAGUCACGUCUUGAAGCCAAUCCCAGUAGGCGGGAGGACCAGGGGCUGGUGUACAGCAUCACGACCGACAUUGGGGUGUUCAACUCCGGUCUCAACUUCAACCUGUGCGGCAUGCUGGCCAUCCUCGGCGGGCCUGACGUCAUGACGGACGCGGUGCGAUCGGUGUCGCUUCGGUUCAACACGUACAACGGCCAGUGCGACGGCCUCUUCUCCUUCGUCGACAUCACCGCGCUGUUUACCCUGGGAGGAGAGGUGAAGAUGGUGACCUCCGUAGAGGUGUUUUCGAUGCCCUUCUUCUUCGGCUCUAGCCCCGCCAUCGUCGGGCGUGCCAUAGCUAUGUUCGCCUUCGGCCUAAUGCUGGUCAUCUACAUUGGCAAGGACGUGCUCCGUGCGUGGAGAGAGGUCAGGGACGGGCGGCAUCGGCUAUCAAUGAGCCUGAGACACGUACCUGUCACGACGGCUACCGCGCUGAACCUCGUCGGAGACUGUGUGUUCCUGUGGAACCUGGUGCUGUGGGUGAACGUGGCCGUGACGGCCGCGAAGUUCGAGCUGAUCCCGACGCUGUCCUACAACAACGCCUCCGAACAGGUGCGAGCUUUCAGCGAAGAAUUGGCACUAGUAGCCCUAGAGCGUUGGAAGCGGGACGCGGCCGCAGUGGCCGGGAGCAUCUUCGGCCUGACGAGGCUGUUCAUCAUGCUCCGGUUCCACCCGCGCUUGUCCCUGGUGACCGACGUCCUUACCGCUUCGGCUGUACACUUGGUACACUUCUUCAUCAUGUUCUUCAUGGUGGUGGGGGUUUACAGCAACCUCGUCUGGGUGAUCUUCGGUCCCUCGAGCUUGCUGUUCGCAACGUGGACAAAGUCCUUCGUGACCAUGACAAGAAUAGCGCUGGGGGAGUUCGACAACAUCUACCCUCUCAUGGUCGAAAUUGAUGGUGCUGCCGCCUUUAUGAUCAUCGUCACGUACCAGACGCUGCAGUGCAUUCUUCUGCUGAACAUCGUCAUCUCCAUCCUGCUCGAUGCUUUCCAGAUGGUCCAAAAGCGUAACUCGGUGGUAGCGGCGGACACUCUUUGGCAGACGGUGAUGACUACAUUGGGGCGAUGGCGGAUUCGUCUGACGCACGUGGGCUUUGCCUUGGUCGGCCGAUGUCCGUCUGUCACCAGACGUUCCAGUCCACGGGGUAGCAGUGUCGGUGAUGAUGCCGGCACGACGGUAGUCAAGAACCCUAUGCACGACAGGCACGGCGGGCGGAAGCUACGGCAGAGACAUCAACACACAGCACCUACGGCCGGUGGUACUAGCGCUGCUGCCGUUGCUGCUGCGGCUGGUGUGCCUGUUGCACCGCCGGGGAUAACCGGGUCCAGUUCCCGCGGCGUUCCGUUGCUUCCAUCGUCCGACAAGCGGAAGGUCAGCUCGAAGAACCGCGGCGGCGGCGCGACCAAGCGAGGGGGGCUUACUCGCGGACAGCGUUUGGCGAUGUCCCACCGGCACUACGACCUUCGUACAGCGGUGGAGGUGCUGCGGCGGUCACCCUUGCCGGAGGCCGCGGUGUGGAGAAAAAUGAGGCAGAUCAUCGGGGCAAGGUUAGGGUGGGUGUCUGAGGGAGCGGGCAACACGGGGAAGCCACUGCAGCCGGGGGCGGCGUGGGGAAGAAGCCAAAGCCGUAGAUUUAGCAAGCGUUGACGUCGCCGCAGCGGGCGCUUUGUGAAAUGUGAAUCAAAGUACAUUGUUGAUUGAACCAUUUUUUACUGGUAUUAGUUAUUUCCACGCUGCAGACACCACCGCCCCCCCUCCCCGCUUGGAACGAGUUUCCCUUGCAACUCCACCAUGAGCCUGGGUAGAAGACACUUCCGACCACGUAUCGUAAGGGAAGAACAUGCUGUUGACGUGACAAGACGCUCCGUCGAUUGUACCGUUAAUUAGCCGUCAGGGCAUGUCCCGCGUUGUUGGGUGGAAAUGAUGCAAGACAUUCAUUUACCCCCGGCUGUGAUUGUAAAGCAUUCUCCCGCCGGUGUCAAUGUGUCACAAGUCGUGUGUGAGUGGCGGGGAAGAGGGGGGCGAGGCCUUCCCUUCGCGCAAGUGUAUACUGUACAGUACAGUGCAUGCAACAGCAGCCCGGCUGCAGUUUUGAUGUAAUGAUUUCGUGUGUUCGCCGGUAGGAAAGAGAAUAUGACAACGCGGCUGAGACCAACUAUUGUACUGUGUACGUCCGACCAGAGAGAGAGAGAGAGAGAGAGGGGAGGGGGGGGUACUGUUGUGUUUUUCAUCCCUCAGCGGUCAUAGACCAUUGACCAGGCGUCCUCUAGAGGGCGGAGCACUCUUCCCACAGGACCGAUCACCGAUGGCCGGGGGGGGGGGGUAGACAAAAUGAUCGUUCUAGUCUCUGAUGCUUGUGCUCACAGUUACAAAC